UGAGGCUUUCUUUGUUCGUGGGAAGGAGGUGCCUGAACUUCCACAAAUGUAGCAGAAUAUCGAGCUUCUGGGUGCAAUAGUCACAAUGCAGGCUGCUCAGAGUGCUUUCUACUUCACAGGCCGCGUCUGCCCAAGCCCACCAGACGGUGCCCGUCAGAUCGUCCGUAUCCGCACCAAGUUUCAAUGUCGCAAGAUUGGGAGUGAAUUGAAAAAACCAGAGUCGAAAGUAGCAGGACGAGCCGCAAUUUGCACUUCUGAGCAGCGAAGAAACACUGGCAGGGCUUUAGCAGUGGCAGAGCAGGUGGGACAAUUUUCGAUGGCGUCCAAGACAGAUCGCAAGCUUGGAGGCGUAUUUUUCGAUCUCGAUGACACGCUUGUCCUCACGCACGAGGCCGAUAGCGUGGCUCACUCGGCAGUUUUAGAAUUGGUGGCAGCCAAGUAUCCGAAGGUUGCAAGGUCUGUCGUUUUGAGGUCUUUUAUCAAGAAAUUUGUGGCGCAAGCUUGGGAUCCUGAGAACAAGGUAGAUGUCACGGAAUGGAGGGCUACGUUGUGGCAUCAGGCUCUCCAAGAGCAGGGCGUGGUGAACAUGGAAUUGGCCAGGGAAAUGCAGAGCUGUUUUGAUCGAGAGAGACUGCGAGCAUUUCGAUGGGCAUCCGGUGUUGAAGCGCUAGUAAAGAAGCUUCAAGGUCGAGGGAUCAAAGUGGGUGUUAUCACCAAUGGUCAUCCGGUGGUUCAAAGGGCAAAAUUACAAGCUUGCAGGGCAUCCGAGCUCUUCGAUACUAUACUUGUUGGUGGAGAGGAACCGAAGGCAAAGCCACAUAAAGAUAUUUUUUUGAAGGCAUGCCAUAUUGCUGGUUGUAAACCACAAGAAUCCAUAAUGGUUGGCGAUACAUUGACUACGGACAUUCUGGGCGGUAUCAACACCGGGUUUUUAUCGACUGUGUGGGUGAACUUACACAAAGAGGAACUUCCCAAGAAUGGACCCAAGCCAGAUCACGUGAUCUCCAAUAUUGGAGAACUGAAAAAAGUGUUGGAGCAGCUUGGGGUACCCGAGAGCGAAGUUUAGUCCUUUCGUGAAGCGUGAAAAGAAUUUGAGACGUCUAAUAUGGUGCCAUAAACUGGAGUGCAAUUUGAGAAUGGCCACCUGAAGUCAUUCGGGAAAGGAUCAGUUAUACGUGUACAGGUUGAAACGCAAUAGCAGCAACCAAAGGAAAAAAAGGAAGAAUUAACAAUGUGUAAUAUUUUCGGUUAAUGUUUUACGAAAGCCUCAGGUAGAUAUGCUCCAACAUGCUGUAAAAGCAUAUGUGAAAUAUGUCACCUGCCAGAAUGUGCUAAUUGCAGUCUGGCAUUCAGUAAAGGAAAUACAGUCAAUAUACGAACACACAUCUAGAAGAUCCGCCUUCUCCAUGCUUCUCUCCCGCUGGUAUUUUUCAAUAGCAACAAAAAUAUACUGAGCUCAGUGACUUGCGAGCUGAGAACAAUUUGGAUAACUUAGAAGAUUAUAAAGGUGUGCGUUCACGGUGCUCUUCAUUCCAACAUUCAACU